CUGCACUACGGGACCCUCCUGGGCAGCAGAGCUUGUGCCCACAUGGCAGCAGCUGCCUGGGCCAGUGCCUUUCUCAAUGCUCUGCUGCACACAGCCAAUACAUUUUCCCUGCCCCUGUGCCAGGGCAAUGCCCUGGGCCAGUUCUUCUGUGAAAUCCCACAGAUCCUCAAACUCUCCUGCUCCAAAUCCUACCUCAGGGAACUUGGGCUCCUUGCUGUUAGUGCUUUUCCUUUCUUUGGUUGUUUUGUGUUCAUUGUUUUCUCCUAUGUGCAGAUCUUCAGGGCUGUGCUGAGGAUCCCCUCUGAGCAGGGACGGCACAAAGCCUUUUCCACCUGCCUCUCUCACCUGGCCGUGGUUUCCCUGUUUAUUAGCACUGGGGUUUUUGCCUACCUGAAGCCCCCCUCCAUCUCGUCCCCAUCCCUGGAUCUGUCCCUGUCAGUUCUGUACUCAGUGGUGCCUCCAAGAGCAGAGGUGAUUGCAGCAUUCAGUGACCGAUACUGA